CCAUCCUUGCAACGCCUCGUUUCUUCCUUUCAAAGAACAAUUCGAUCACUGAGCUUGCAAUAAUGGAAAAUUCAGGCCAUCUACUUUUUGAACUGGCCGGAAAAAUUAACAUCCGCCGGCGACGCUUUUGAGCUUUAUCGCAGAGUCCCGUGAACCCUAGUGCGAAAGCGAUCGGCCUUGGAGGACGGAUACUCCGUUAAUGGAGCGGUCUACUUUAACGUGCUUCUGAUCGCGAUUUUUGUGUUUCCUUUUUUUCGUGAUUUAUCUCCUUUCCCAACCGAAUACCAGGCAGUCGCUUUAAUUGAACCCGAGGUUUCCCGUUUUGGAAGGGGUAUAGGGUUUAGGGUGAGAUCGAUCGUUCGAUCGGAGCUCGAAUCAUCGUAUUUUGAGCUCGGUUUGUGCCUUCUUGGUCCGGAAAUGGAGGGAUAGCACAGAUUGACGGCUUUUCUGGAAGUGAGAUUUCUUUGGCGGCGUGAUGCCGUUCCCAACAAAGGUUCAGCCGGUAGAUUUGAAGGGGUCUUUUGGGCGAAAUGAUCAGGGAAAAACCGCUGGAGGCAAAUCACGGCUGAAGCGCCUUUUCGAGAGGCAGUUCCAGAGUGUACUGCGGAUUUCUUCGUCGGAGAAGCUCGCCGGCGCUGGUGAAGGCAAGGGAAGUGAUCGCGAUGAAGGUGCUGUGGGCGAUCCGGAGCCAAACUCGGUGUGCCUUGUGUUCAGCUUUAUGGAGGACAGCAACGAAAAGUCAUCGGGUGCAGCGGCGGCCCGGUGCGGCCGUAGCCGCUGUAUCUGCUUCAAUGGAAACUGCGACGACAGUACAGAUGAUGAGUUUGGCAGCGAUUCUCCGCCCAUCGCCGCCGGUUUCCCCGGCGACGGCAUCGAGAUCCUUAAGAGCUUGGUGCCGUGCGCGAGCAUUACGGAAAGGAAUCUGCUAGCGGACGCGUCGAAGAUUGUGGAGAAGUGCAAGAUCGGUAAAGUGAAAGUCGAUUGCCGGAAGAUCACCGCUUCUGGGCUCCGAGACCUAGGUUACGAUGCCUCCGUUUGCAAGUCUCGCUGGGAGAAAACCCCUUCGUUUCCCGCUGGCGAGCACGAGUACGUGGAUGUGAUCGUGGACGGCGAUCGCUAUCUGAUCGACGUUGACUUCCGAUCCGAGUUUGAGAUUGCUCGUUCUACAAAGAAGUACCGUACGGUGCUCCAGUUGCUCCCGGCCAUCUUCGUUGGCAAGGAGAAUCGCCUUCAGCAGAUCGUCUCCGUAGUUUCAGAAGCAUCGCGUCAGAGCCUAAAGAAGGAGGGCCUUCACUUCCCCCCUUGGCGCAAGGCAGAGUACAUGCGCGCCAAGUGGCUCUCCCCGUACCACCGCACCACAUCUGCCGCCGUCGAUGGUGCAGACGUCGCCGGAAAAGACGUCUCAGCCGACAGCCGUGCAGCCUGCCCGAUAUCUGCAGUGAAUUUUUCCGGUGAGUUUGAGAUUCGUCAGGGAAACGGCGGAAUCGGCGUCGAAGGUGAUGAGGAAAAUAAAAUCACUGUGGUGGUUUCGCCUUGGCAGCCACCAGCCGUUAAACCGAAGGCCGCUCCGCCGGCAGCUGGCUCGAAGGUCGUCGUCGCCGGCUUGGCCUCCGUCCUCCGGGAGAAACCCCCCUCUCCUAUUUUUUGAAUUUUAUCCCUUUUUUUUAAAAAAAUUUUCUCCACUUCAUUUUUUGGUGUGAGAAUUACGCGAGAUAUAUAUUAAUCAUAUAUAAUAUAUCUCCGAGUUAGCCUAUCCUUUUUAUCUUAUCAGAGGGCUUGUAAGGAUUGUAAGAAGAGAGAUCGAGCAACUGCUACCACUAAAUAUAACUUCGUAUAUUUCAUAACUUUAUUUUUCAGAAUAUUAAAAGUAAAAUAAAAUAAAAUAAAAAUGUGCUUACAUUUUAAUAUUUAUAUAAAAGAUUAAUGAAAAAAAUUA